UUCUCUGCAAUCUUCCAAGAAGUUCAUGUGAUUUCACCUUCUUUCGGAUGCUUCGACAUCUCCAGUUUCAUCCUUCUACGACUUUGCUGUCCUUGCAAUAUUUGUCUUGUUACUGUUUUCCGCAUUGGGUUGUCGAAUCUGUGGAAUUUUGUUGGGACGGAACCUCUUUGCAAUCGGAAAAUACGUUGAAGUCUGAAGCAAGUACAUCUCCGUUGUUUUUCUCCGCCAAUAAGUCCUGAAAGAAGGUGGCUAGUAUUUGAGGUACAAAUUCAUGUCCUUUUUCCCCGGCACAUGCUUUGUUAAUAUGACAUUUUCCUGGGAAAUGAUACGACCAGAGCCGUUGCGUGUUUGUGUGAGUGUCAUAAUGAGUAGCAUUACUUACUAUAAGCUCGGCGUUUGUUAGGGAAAUUGACAGAAGAGGGUCCUGAGAAGUUUCCAGGUAUGCAGCAGGACAUGGCGGAGUUCAUGGAGGAGAUGAGGACUUUGAGGGAACGAUUGAACGAGGCGGAGGAUGAGAGAGAUCAAAUGGUCGUUGAGCUUAGAGAGUCGUGGAAGGCGGCCGAGGAGGCGAAUGCGAGGCUCACCGAGGCCUUCGCGGCUCGGAAAGUGCCGAGGAUAUACACAGAGCUCAACUCAGUGAAGAAAUUGUUGGCCAACGCGAGCCAAGAGCUGAAGGUCAAGGAGAAAGAGAUGGAGUCCUUGAGGGUCGAAGCUGCGAGGGCGAAGCAGCUCGAGCUCGAAUUGGCGGACAGAGAGGCUGCAUUGGAGAAGUUGGAAGAGGAGUUGAGCGAUGCGAGAGGCGUGGAGGCUGAGGCGGAUUCGCAAAGCGAGAGGAGGAUUUGGGAGCUAGAGGAGGAACUGAGAAACGGAAAGGAAUCUGAAGGGAAGACUUUCGAGUCCAUGGUUGCCUUGACCAAGCAGCUCGAGCAAACCAAAAUAUCGCUUGAGGAGGCCAAGCUCGAGAUUGGUAUGCUACGAGAGAAGUUGGAGAGAUUCGAGGAGCAGCCGAGGCAAAAUGGUAAAGCCGCCAACAUCUCCAGAAUUUGCUUCAAGGACAAUGUUUCCCCGAAAGUGAGCCUUGAAAGUCUCCGAUCCGAGCUUCAAUCGACAAAGGAAAGUCUUUCUCGAGCCCAGGAGGGAGAGAAGAACGCCUCUUCAAAGGUCCAGGGCCUCCUGGACGAGAUUGGCAAACUCAAGAAUGAGCUGAAAUCGUCGAACGAAGCAGAAGAGAACAGCAAGAAGGCGAUGGACGAUUUAGCCUUAGCAUUGAAGGAGGUGGCGACGGAGACCAAUCAGGUGAAGUUGAAGCUCGACGUGACCCAAGCCGAGCUCGAGCAUUGCAGAGGGGAAGCCAAAAUGUUGACGGAGAAGUUGAAGAACACCGAAGACAAGUUCAGAGAGCUCUUAGAUCAAUCAAGGAAAGAGAUGGAACAAUACAAGAACACUAGUGAGAGGCUGAGGUUAGAGGCUGAAGAAUCACACCUGGCAUGGAAUGGGAAGGAGACAGGCUUUGUGGGAUGCAUCAGAAGAGCCGAAGACGAAAAGACAGCGGCUCAACAGGAAAACAUUAGACUCGCCGAGUCUCUGAGGGCGGCCGAUAGAAUGGUCAAAGCAUCGAGAGAGGAAAACAUCAAGCUUCGCGACAUACUCAAGCAGGCGCUGAACGAAGCAAGCGUUGCGAAGGAAGCGGCCAGCAUUGCCCGGGCUGAGAAUUCGCAGCUCAAGGACGAGCUGGCCGAGAAGGACGAUGCUUUGAACUUCCUCAGUCGGGAGAUCGAGAGCCUCAGGAUUAACGAGGUCGUAGCAAUGGAGAACAUCAUGGAGUUGAAGAGGAUGCUUUCCGAGAAGGACAUCAAGACGGACGAUAAGGAGAUUGCGAGGAAAUCGAAGGCUUCGAAUUCGAACACCGCCAGCGAGAAAGAACACAAAGAAGGGAGAAGACUGGGAAAGGCUUUUAGCUUCAAUCUGAAGGACCUAAUAGUCCACCACCACCACCACCCUAGACACAAGGACGGUAGUGAUAACCUUGAGAGCAAAGAGAAAGAAGAAGACGACGAAGACAAAGACAAAGACAGCCCCGAGAAUAUCGAUCCACUCAAAGGGUCGAUCUUCGACGUCAUGGACUCUCCAGGUUCAGCAGCCCAUCACAGGAAGAAGUCAUCCUCAGCUUUCACGAGCGAUGGCGAGACGAUGAACUCGGAGGAUGUGGACAGUCUGGAUUUGCAGCAUUUCGAUGACUUGGAGAACGAAAGACUCCAUAGGAGGAAGAGAGCGUUGCUUCAUAGAUUCUCGGACAUUUUACGGAGACGAAGCUAUGCAGAGAAGAGUCAUCACUAGAUUAGUCACCCCCUUCUAAUGCAAACUAAAUGAACUUCCCUCGGGACAUCGAAACGAUCUCUCUCGAGAGAUUAUUAUACCCGUCCUUCCUUGUAGAUUAAUUAUUUCU